AUGGAGAUGGAGAUGGAGAUGGAGAUGGAGAUGGAGAUGGAGAUGGAGAUGGAGAUGGAGAUGGAGAUGGAGAUGGAGAUGGAGCCGGGAGUGACGGAAGAGGCAGGUGCGGGAGGAGGGGAUUACUCGCGGGCUGUAUCGCGGGUUCCGAAUGUCGCAAUUUACAUGUCCCUGUAUGAUGUUGUAAAGAAUUUCCUGAUAAAGUACAAAGUGACUCAUGACACAAGAAAAGAUGUGUCAUGA